GUGAAGAAACACCCUUCAAUCGUGUAAUUACUGUUGAUGUGGCAUUGUUUGUCCACUAGAGGGCACUCUGCAACUUCCCUGUUAAUGACAGGCAUUUGAAAUGCCGUAAACACAACUGCCAGCUGGUGCUAGCAGAUCAUCCGCAACUUAUUGUGACAAUAAAACAAGAUUUCUUUUAAGUUGCAUUGUCCUAUUCUCCUAGUAAGCACAUACAUAACAAAUGUUAGGGAUCUGUUAAAUGUGUCUGGAAGAAAAACAUAGUGACUGAUAAGUUGAAUUUUUAAAUAACCAGUCUUAAAAAUGCUGUAUUAGUUGGGCUCUGGUUUUUUAAUUCAACAGAGUAAGAACACACUCAGUCUUCUACCUUUUCCAGGAAACUGGGACACAGACUUUUAACACAAAAGGAAAUAGCCGCCCUGUUAUUUGAUCAGUCACAUCUUAAUAUGAGCCUUUGAGGUGGUGAGAGCUUUGAAGUCAGCCAUGCUGGAUAUGUGCAGGGACACUGCUCUGCCAGUAUCUCGAACAUUAAGAACCGGUGUUGGGUUGACACAAAGGCCUUAGUGUCUGUUUACCAACUUAGACCAUUUCUGUUCCCUGUUAGCGAAAAUACCCACUCUUCUGGCAGCCAUGUCUGCUGUGAUUAAUGCUUCCCAGUAGGAGUCAGAGUGUAAGUCGAAAGCAAUGCUUUAAGGAUAGACUGAACCUUCUCUGACCGCCAUCGAAUUGUUGAUGUCUCAUUGCGGCUGCUGAUUGAUUGGUUAGGGUUUAGCAGUCUGAGUUUACAUCACAGAGAGAGAGAGGAGCAUUCAUGCAUUCAUGUUUCUCACUGAAGCUUCUCCACGAGCCAGAAAGUUCAUUUCAAAACGAGACCGCUGAGUUAUGGCUUAUUAAAAUCUAUUCUUAUCCAAGUUGUAAAACAGUGUUCUGAUGGAAAAAAAUGUUUAUUCGCUGAGCAACUUCAGCAGCUUUGUUGUUGUAUAGCUGGAGCGAGUUAGUGUGUGAAUGUGUGUGUGCGUGUGCGAACUUAUGUGUAGGAGAGAGGGAAGGAGGAAGUCGGGAGUUGUGGGAGAAAGAUACUGCCACUUGUGACAGACUUAAGAGCAGAGUGACUGACAGAGGUGAAAUUGCUUGGGAAAGGAUGUGAGGCUGCUCCUCCUUUCCCUCCUCCCCUCCUCCCUUCUGCUCACUUUCCCUCCAGACUUCUUUCACUCGCGAAUGAAGUAUGAGCUACUGUAUAUGUGCUCCCUUUGUCUUUGAGCCAUGCAUCAGGCCCUGGACACACUGAGUGACAGCACAAGUUCCACAACUGCCAAUGACCUGGACCUCAUCUUCCUCAAAGGCAUCAUGGAGAGCCCAGUGGCUCAUGAGCGAUUUGAGGAACCCAAGCUUGAAGCUGUGCGUGAGAACAAUGUGGAGCUGGUCCAGGACAUCCUCAAAGAGCUGAGCCCGCUCGCGAACAGAAGCCAGGCAGCUGAUGAACUUGUUCGCAUCCUGAAGGAACCCCACUUCCAGUCCCUCCUGGAGACUCAUGAUUCUGUGGCAUCCAAAAACUAUGAGACUCCACCACCGAGCCCCUGUUCAUUCAUGGACGCAGCCCUCAACAACCAGCCGGUUCCUCCAGACGCAGUCAGGAUGGUCGGCAUCCGUAAGGUGUCUGGUGAGCACCUGGGAGUGACUUUUCGAGUAGAGAGCGGCGAGCUGGUGAUUGCCAGGAUCCUCCACGGUGGCAUGAUUGACCAGCAAGGUCUGCUUCAUGUUGGCGACAUCAUCAAGGAGGUGAACGGCAAAGAGGUCGGCAACGACCCCAAAGUCCUCCAGGAAAUGCUGAAGGACGCAAGCGGCAGCGUUGUACUGAAGAUCCUGCCCAGCUACCAGGAGCCGCACACACCUAGACAGGCCUUUGUGAAGUGUCACUUUGAUUACGACCCGUCUCAUGAUAACCUGAUUCCAUGUAAGGAGGCGGGGCUUAGCUUCAACAGUGGGGACAUUCUGCAGAUCUUUAACCAGGAGGACCUCAACUGGUGGCAGGCCUGUCAUAUAGAAGGUGGCAGCGCAGGUCUAAUUCCAAGCCAGCUACUUGAGGAGAAGAGGAAGGCUUUUGUGAAGAGAGAUCUGGAGCUCGCUACUACAGGUCCUCUUUGUGCAGGAGUGGUGGGUAAGAAGAAGAAAAAGAUGAUGUAUUUGACCACCAAGAAUGCAGAAUUUGAUCGCCAUGAGUUGCGGAUCUACGAGGAGGUUGCCAAAGUCCCGCCCUUCAGGAGGAAGACUCUGGUUCUGAUCGGAGCUCAGGGUGUCGGCCGUCGUAGCCUGAAGAACAAACUGCUGGUGUCAGAUCCCCAACGCUAUGGCACCACAAUCCCCUUCACCUCUAGAAAACCAAAGGUGGAUGAGAGAGAUGGCCAGAUGUACUCCUUUAUGAGCCGCAGCGAAAUGGAAUGUGACAUUAAAAACGGGCGUUUCCUGGAGCACGGCGAAUAUGACGGGAACCUGUAUGGCACAAAGAUCAGCUCCAUACACGAUGUGAUAGAAACAGGAAAGAUCUGCAUCCUGGAUGUUAACCCACAGGCUAUUAAAGUCCUGCGGACAUCUGAAUUCCUGCCCUAUGUUGUGUUCAUCGAAGCCCCAGACUUUGAGGUCCUCAAAGCUAUGAAUAGGUCGGCAAUUGAGUCAGGAGUUGUCACAAAACAGUUAACAGACUCAGAACUAAAGAGGACGGUGGAUGAGAGUGAGCGCAUCAAGAGAGCCUAUGGACAUUACUUUGACCUUUGCAUCAUAAACGACGGCCUGGAGGCGGCGUUCCGAAGUCUACGGCUUGCGCUGGAGAAACUGUCGACAGAGCACCAGUGGGUGCCUGUCAGCUGGGUUUUCUGAGAGUCACCGAGAGCUCGCCAGCAAGGUGCCAAGGUCACAGGCCAAAGGUUGAGGGACGAUACAUCACUGGUAGCUCCAGAGGGGGGGUGGGGUGGGUUGUUUUCACAUGCAGCUAUUGGUGGCAGAGGCGUGUGGUGAAGAAGCGGAUACACUGCAGAAGACCAGCCUCAUGUAGAGCAUUUUUUUUUGUACAAAGUUAGUGUUCCUCUGUUGAGCCUAAGGUCAAGUUGUACUUUAUUUGUCAGAACUGGAAUAAAGCUCUAUUGAUGUUUGUAAAGAAGGACUUAGAGGUAAUUAUGAGGUUCAGUGCAAUAGUGCGAGUGAGUGUGCGUGUGUUAUCAUAAAUGUGGAUAUAGACUUAGAGUAAUCCAUAUGUUUUGCAAGUAACAGUGCUAUGUUGGAGGUUUUCCUUGAAGGACAUUUAACGUUUUAGCCUUUGAAUCUUAAAUACUUUAUGUAGUGUAAUGUUUACAUUGGAUCGGUAGGACAGAUUGGUUAAGGAUAAAAGAUACCAAAUGUCAUAUUUGUAUCAAAUUCUCUAUAUUUUAUUUGAUCAUACAGUAUGAUUGUAUGUGUUCAGAACUGUGCGUGAUCUCGUUUGUGUCCACAGAUUUGAAAACUGAACAGCAAUAGAUCAUUUUGAAGAUACAUGCAAUACACACGAGAUACCCUAAUGUGCACACACACACUCUCAUAUAUAUAUAUAUGUAUAUGUAUACAGAAACAGAGUGAGACCUUCUGCAGUAUUCCUGAAGUCUCAGUUUGUUUUAUUUGCUUUUCAAUGUUGAAUACGUUGAACAUUUCCUGUCCCGUGCUGGUAAAGCUCUAGUUUGUUUGACAGUUAAAGGAUCCAGCCAGUGGAUCACAGCGUGUCACUUCUGUCUGCUUGAUUCUGUCGGACUUGUAUUUGUAGCACUGAGAACACUUAAGCUCUAUUAAGAAAAAGAAAGAAAAAUACCUGACGAAGUAGCCUACAGUAUGCACUGAUUGUGUAAUGAAGGCGAACAUGUAACCUAACAUUGCUGGUUGGCUAGUUGAUGGAAGUACUUUUUUUGUUAUUUUCAUGUACAAACAGUAAAAAUAUUUAUCAGUGGCUUCGAUUUAAUGCUUACUUUUGCCUUAACAUGGUUGAAAAGCCAAGGAAACGCUAUAUUUUUUCAUCAUGUAACAUUUCACUUCUAUCACUGUACAUGUUACUCAGAAAAUUAAAAAAAAAAUUCUGGCAACGUA